AUGGCAACGUCAGAAAAGACUAUGGAGAGAGCUUCAAGCCAAGCCUUUGAUCACGAAAAGUGCAAGAACACUCAUUGUGAAGACGUAUGCUCUGUCAGAGUAGGCAACGAGAAAGCCCAGGGCGAUUAUUCCGGUGCCACUGCCAAGGUCGACCCCGUGGAAAUCAGACUUGUGCGCAAGUUGGACUUCAGAAUCAUGCCCAUAUUAUGGGCAAUGUACUUUCUGAACUAUGUCGAUCGCAAUGCUAUCGCUAAUGCACGUCUCAACGACCUCGAAGAUGACCUUGGCCUUGUCGGAACACAGUACAAUACCUGCAUCUCGAUUUUGUUUGUUGGCUAUCUUCUGAUGCAAAUCCCCUCGAACAUGCUCAUGUCCUCGAGGAAGUUCCGGCCAUCGCUAUACAUGAGUGUAUGUAUGGCGUUAUGGGCUAUAGUCUCUGCUUGCACGGCUUUGACGAAAAAUUACAUUGGCCUUCUUCUCGUCCGAUUCUUUCUGGGGGUCACUGAGGCUCCCUUCUACCCGGGCGCAUUAUUCCUUCUUUCGGUUUUUUACACGCGCAAGGAAAUUGCUCUCCGCAUUUCCAUACUAUAUACUGGCAAUAUCGUCGCCACUGCCGUUGCUGGACUAAUUGCUGCUGCAGUCUUUGAAACCUUGGACCAGCGCAUGAAUCUCAAAGGAUGGCGCUGGCUCUUUAUCAUUGAAGGUGUUGUUACAUUUGGGGUUGCCGGCCUCGGCAUUUUCAUGCUACCAGAUCACCCACUCACAACGCGUUGGCUGACCCCUGAAGAGCGUGAGCUUGCACAGGCUCGCAUUGAAAGGGAUACAGUCAAUAGUGUAGACUCUCAGGGUGUUUUAGCUGGUUUAAAGCAAGCCCUGGCCGACCCUCGCCUUUACCUCCUGGCAUUCAUGCAGAACAUGCAUCUUAGUGCCUGUGGUUUCAACAACUUCUUCCCAACUGUUGUUGGAAGCCUCGGGUUUAGUAGCACAAUCACCUUGGUGCUGACAUGCCCUCCAUAUCUGUUCUCCGGAAUAUGCUGUAUUGUUGUUGGUAUCACCUCUGGUCGAUAUAAUGAGCGAACAUGGCACAUCACCCUAUCAAUGGGCGUUGCUGUUAUAGGGUUUGUUAUAUCCUGUGUGACACUCAACAAAGGAGCAAGAUAUGUCGCCUGCUUCCUCUUCGCCAGUGGUGCAUACGCCGUCAAUUCUGUCAUUUUGGGCUGGGCGUCUGCUACGCUUGGCCAGACGCCAGAAAAAAAAGCCGCGUCGAUCGGUUUUAUCAAUGUCGUUGCCAAUGCCUCAUAUAUCUAUACUGCCUACCUCUAUCCAAAGUCCGAUGGCCCUCAAUACCUGGUUGGAAUGUCGGCAAACACAGCUUUCGGAAUUGCAAGUAUUGGAAGUGCUUGGGCAUUGAAGUGGUGGUUGCAGAGUACAAACAAGAAGAUCGUCCAGGGUACUCUGCCUGGCGCUGGUGAUGUUCUUUAUGCCUACUGA